GCUGGUUCGGGUGUUCAUGGUCAAAUUCUGUGUGAAACCUUUGAACUUGUGGCUCCUUAAGACAUAGCCAUUUAAUCAUGGCUGCAGGAGUAGCGACUUGGCUCCCAUUUGCCCGAGCAGCAGCAGUAGGAUGGCUACCUCUUGCAAAGAGGCCGAUGCCCAAACCUCCGAGUGACAAGAGGAAGAGAAACGAUGAAAUUCUGGUGGUGAAUGUCAGUGGUCGGAAGUUCCAGACAUGGAAAAACACAUUAGAUCGGUAUCCAGACACAUUGCUUGGUAGCACAGAGAAAGACUUCUUCUUCAACCAAGAAACACAAGAAUUCUUUUUUGACCGAGAUCCGGAAAUGUUUAGGCACAUUCUCAAUUUCUACAGAACGGGCAAACUGCAUUAUCCUCGUCAUGAGUGCAUCCAAGCCUUUGAUGAGGAACUCUCAUUCUAUGGUAUUAUCCCAGAGAUCAUUGGAGACUGCUGCCUCGAAGAGUACCGAGAUCGAAAGAAGGAGAACCUGGAAAGGCUGGCCGAGGACACAGAAGCUGAAACUGCCUUAGAUGCUCCAUUACCUCCAGGGAGUACUUUCCGGCAGAGACUGUGGAGAGCCUUUGAAAACCCUCACACCAGCACAAUGGCCCUCGUCUUUUAUUACGUCACAGGUUUCUUUAUAGCAGUGUCGGUUAUUGCUAAUGUAGUGGAGACUGUACCCUGCCGGCCAGCAGCAGGGCGCCUAAAGGAGGUGUCGUGUGGAGAGAAGUACACUUUGGCCUUUGUUUGUAUGGACACAGCAUGCGUCCUCAUCUUUACAUUUGAGUACCUCAUGAGGCUGUUUGCCGCCCCAAGUCGCUGUAAGUUUAUGCGCAGUGUCAUGAGCAUCAUAGAUGUGGUGGCUAUAAUGCCUUUCUAUAUUGGCCUUGUCAUGCCAGAGAAUGAGAAUGUGAGUGGUGCCUUUGUCACGCUGCGCGUCUUUCGCGUUUUCCGCAUCUUCAAGUUUUCCCGCCACUCACAGGGCUUGCGGAUUCUCGGAUACACCCUGAAAAGCUGCGCAUCGGAGCUCGGCUUUCUCCUUUUCUCACUCACCAUGGCCAUCAUCAUAUUUGCCACCGUCAUGUUCUACGCAGAGAAAGGGACAAGCAAAACUAAAUUUACUAGCAUCCCGGCGUCCUUCUGGUACACCAUCGUAACCAUGACAACCCUGGGGUAUGGUGACAUGGUUCCGGACACAAUUGCUGGGAAGAUAUUUGGUUCCAUUUGCUCACUUAGUGGAGUGUUGGUUAUUGCACUUCCCGUACCAGUCAUUGUGUCAAAUUUCAGCCGCAUCUAUCAUCAGAACCAGAGAGCAGAUAAACGACGAGCACAGCAAAAAAUUCGCCUGUCUCGGAUCAGACUGGCUAAAAGCACCACAACCAAUGCAUUCCUGCGUUACAAGGAGAAUGGGGGCUUAGAGGAGGAUAGCGAGGCGCAUGCACUCUGUGUGAAAAACCGCUCUGCAUUUGAGUUACAGCAUCACCAUCUCCUGCACUGUUUGGAGAAGACCACGUGCCACGAGUUUACAGAUGAGCACACUUACAGCGAGGCCCUAAUGACUGAAUCAAUCGGGUACCAUACAAGCCGCAGUACUUCUGUGUCUUCUCAGCAAGGUCUUGGCACCUCAUGCUGCCCACGCCGUGCCAAGCGCCGUGCCAUUCGCCUGGCUAAUUCCACAGUUUCUGUAAGUCGUGGAAGCAUGCAGGAACUUGAUACCCUGCACAUACAGAAAGGCUUCUCUCAAAGUCGAUCAAGUCUCAACGCCAGAAGUCAUGGAAACCUGAAGCUGAACUGUGAGACGUCCGAUCUUACAGCCGCCAUUAUAAGUAUCCCAACUCCCCCGGGUAACAGCCCCGAUGAAAGCCAGCUCUCCUCGCCAAGUGCGGCCGUUCUGAGAAACUCCAGCAUCACAGCCAGAUAUUACCAAGAGACAGUCAGAAUAUCCAGCCUGUAGCCACUCAAUGACACACAGAUACAGUGUCUCAACAGUGAUACCAUGACAAAGAGAAGAGCUGCAACAAUUUACAAAUAGCGCGAUUAUAUUAGACAAUCAGCUCACAACGAAAUGCAUAACACUACAAUAAAGUUUGUCAGUGUCACAAUACACGCACAACGCUACAAUAUAUUGUGUCAGUGUCACAAUAC